AUGACAGAAGUUACUUACCAAAUUCAAGACCAAAUAAAACAAUUUAACAAUUUUAAUCCCAUUCAAAAAACAAAUUAUAAAUAUCAAUAUAAUAGUGAUAAUGAAAAUUCUUCUUUGGUUUAUUUAAUUAAAAAUCCCAAACAAAACAAUUUUAAAAAUUAUAAUAAUAAAAUAUGUAAUUAUAAAAGAAGUUUAUCUUCUUCAUCAUUCCAAGGAAACGAAGAAAAAGAAACUAGAAAGAAAAAUAAGGCUCAAUUUUAUGAAAAUGAUUUUGAAAAUGGAUUUGGAAAUAUUUCAUCUUGGUUGAAUAAUUCAAUACCAUAUAAAUGUGAAGAUUGUAAUGGAAAUAAUGAACCACCUCAUCAAAAAUUGAAAUCUCAGGAUAUUCCAUUAUUCACUUUCUUUGAACCACUUACUUUUAUUCAUGAAAUUAAUAAGGUUAUUCAUAUUGAAUUAGAGAUAGCAGGGGUCGAUAAAGAUGAUGUUAAAGUUGAUCUCACUAACAAUAUUCUUACAAUUGUAGCAAAGAAGAAAUCAGUUUAUCCAUUAUUUCAAAAUAUGUGUGAAUUUAAAAGACAUGAAAAAUCAAUUGGUGUUUACAAAAGAGUAUUGGAAUUUAAUUCAAAUACUGUUGACAAAGAUACAAUUAAAGCAAGAUAUGUUAAUGGUAUUUUAUUAAUUACAGUCAACAAAUUUCUGUAA